CUUCUUUUUCUCAUUCCUCUUAGAUCACAAGACCGGCCCCUCCCCCACACCAUGACCAAGAACUCCGACCUCAACCACCUCCACGAAACCCUCUUCGAAGAGGGUAUAAAACUCCGCCGAGCCGUCGUCGGCGACAGCUACGUGGAUAGAGCCCUAUCCCAAGGAUCUAGUGACUUUUCGCGUCCCGGCCAGGAACUGGUUACCGAAUGGUGUUGGGGUCAAAUUUGGACGAGACCUGGACUUGAGCUGAAGCAACGAAGCCUAUUGAACCUGGGUAUGUUGAUCGCGUUGAAAGCCUGGCCAGAAUUGGCUCUUCAUACUCGCGGUGCUAUCAUCAACGGCCUUACCGAAAAAGAGAUUAGCGAGGCGGUAUUGCAGGCUACUUUUUACUGUGGAGGUCCUUCUGGUAUUGAAGCUAUGAAGGUUACGGAGAGGGCUAUUAACGAGAUGAUUGCGAAUGGGGAGUAUAAGCGGGAAUAGGCUGUGGGUAGUUGGUUUUGG